CAUUUACGAGCUGGGAAGCUUUGGCAAAAUUAUGAAUGUUGCAAAACGCGCAAAGUGAAUUGGCUUAUUGUACUCAGAGUCACAGCUCGACUUCCAGCUUAACCCGAAUCUUAUUGCAGAUAUUCCCGAUAUCGUGUCUGGGGGUGUCGAAUUCUCAGAUGGAUGCGGCCUUAUGUCUCAACGACUAGCAGUUCAAGUCAGUAAAAGUAAGAAAAUUAUCUUUCGUGGAGUAAGGUAUACGCCGUGCGUAUUUCAGAUAAGGUACUUGGGAUAUAAAGGUGUUUUGACGCUUCACCCCAAGCUGGAUGCAGACUUGCGGAGGGAGAAGAAGCAGUUCGAUGAGGAGGAAAAGCAACGUGCUGAUAAGUGUAAGAAAGAGGGGACUGAAUUUGUACCGCGACACUUUGCGGAUAUUGCUAUCAAACAUCCUCUCGCUCAGUUCCGCAAGAGCAUGAAAAAGUUCACCACGACCGAAAACCCCACAUUCUCCGUUGUCGGGUAUUCUAAACCCUACACCUUCGGACGCCUGAAUAACGAGAUCAUCGUGCUUCUUUCUAGUCUUGGCAUUCCAAACGAGAACUUUCUGAAGAAGCAAGACGAGUACUUUGAUUGGCUCCGUCGUGCAUCUUAUGACCCUAUGGCAGCGGUCGAUUUUCUUUCUGUUGUUAAGGAUUUCGAAGCUGCCGAAAGGGUCCUUCUCGACGGUUUAGACGAUCCUAGAGUUUCUGCGGAAAUCCGCCGUUUUCAGCAGAAAGAAAUCGCAGAUUUCCGAAAAGAUGGGAAGAAAGAGCGAUCACGGAUGAUCAUCAAGAAAUCGCGGAAAAUAUAUGGUGUUUGCGAUCCAUUCCAGGUACUCAAGGAAGGACAAGUUCAUAUACGAAUCACGACUGGAAGAGGUGGUCCUUCUACACCCAUCCACGGAGACGUUUUAGUUGUGCGGAACCCAUGUUUACAUGCAGGUGACUGCCUCAAAUUAAGAGCAGCGCACCAUGAAAAGCUGUCGCACCUGGUAGAUUGCAUUGUUUUUGCAUCGGUAGCUCGGCGUGGACACCAGUCUGCACCAUCCAUGAGCAGUGGUGGCGAUCUCGAUGGUGACGAAUAUUUUGUCUGUUGGGAUCCUGAUUUAGUUCCUGUGUAUAACGUUUGAGUAGCCGUACGAUUAUCCUCCAAAUAAGGAACGAGUCAACAAGACUGUCACGCGCGAAGAUUUGGCAAGGCAUUUCGCACAGUAUAACAAUGCUGGACUGGCACGGGUAGCCGCCCUACACUCAAAGUGGGCGAAGAGCAGCCCCAAGGGUGCACUAUGCUCCG